AUGGCGGCGCCGGCGGAGCUGCGGGCGCGGCUGGAGCGCGCGGGCCAGGGGCACCUGCUGCGCUUCUGGCCGGAGCUGGGCCCGGCGCAGCGCUCCGCGCUGCUGGCCGCGCUGGGGCCCGGCCUGGCCGAGCACUGCGCGCUGGCGGCGGCCGCGCGCGGGCGGGAGCGCGCCCCGCCGCGCCUGGACGGCCGCAUGGAGCCGCUGCCCGGCGCGCUGCUGGGCAGCGCCCGCCGCAGCGGCCCCGCCGCGCUGCAGCGCUGGGAGGCGGAAGGUUUCCACCAGAUCUCGCAGAACAAGGUGGCAGUGCUGCUGCUGGCUGGCGGGCAAGGAACUCGCCUGGGAGUGAGCUACCCGAAGGGCAUGUAUGAUGUGGGCUUGCCUAGUGGCAAGACCCUKUAUCAGCUCCAGGCGGAACGAAUCCGCAAAGUAGAGCAGCUCGCUGGCCAGCGGUACCACCGCAGGUGCAUCAUCCCUUGGUACAUUAUGACAAGCGAAUUUACCCUGGGGCCAACAGAAGAGUUUUUUGCAGAACACAACUACUUCAACCUGGAGAAGUCCAACGUGAUCAUGUUUGAACAGAGGAUGCUGCCAGCUGUCACCUUUGAUGGGAAGGCCAUCUUGGAGGAGAAAGGGAAAAUUGCAAUGGCUCCAGAUGGCAACGGCGGUUUGUAUCGUGCUUUGAUGGAUAACAAGAUCUUGGAUGACAUGAAAGAGCGUGGUAUCCAGUAUGUCCACGUGUACUGUGUGGACAACAUCCUCGUCAAAAUGGCAGAUCCGGUCUUCAUCGGCUUCUGUGUUUCCAAAGGGGCUGACUGCGGUGCUAAGGUGGUGGAGAAGGCCUAUCCCACGGAGCCCGUCGGGGUCGUGUGCCUUGUGGACGGGCUCUACCAGGUGGUGGAGUACAGCGAGAUCAGCCCGGAGACGGCGCAGCAGCGGAGCCCUGACGGGAGGCUGCUGUACAGCACGGGCAAUAUCUGCAACCAUUUCUUCACAGUCGACUUCCUGCAGACAGUGGCCCAGAAAUUUGAGCCCCAGCUGAAACAUCAUGUAGCCAUAAAGAAGGUGCCCUACAUUGACGAGGAGGGAAAUCUGGUAAAGCCGCUAAAACCGAACGGGAUAAAGCUGGAGAAGUUUGUGUUUGAUGUGUUCCAGUUCUCUAAGAAUUUUGUGGCAUUUGAAGUUGAGAGAGAAGAAGAGUUCUCCCCAUUAAAAAAUGCAGAUACAGCUGAGAAAGACACUCCUACCACAGCUCGGCAAUCCCUUCUGGCCCAGCAUUACCGSUGGGCUCGCAGUGCCGGGGCCACAUUUGUGGAUGAAAAUGGCUGCAGGAUACCAGAGAAAUUCAGUCUCUCAGGAACUGAAGAUCCUCCUGCUGUGUGUGAGAUUUCUCCAUUAGUGUCCUACUUUGGAGAGGGUCUGGAGGUGUACAUGAAGAAUAGAGAGUUCUGUUCUCCCUUUAUACUCAAUGAAAACAAAGCGGAAAUGCUAAGAAAUUAUUAAAUUCUCAAAUCUGAUGCAUAUCCAUUAUGAGAACUGACAAAAUUAGAAUGUCAGCUAUUAUUGUGCUAUGAGAAAUUGCUCUGUGUUCCUGGAUGGAUGCCAAAUCCUUGUAGCAGCUGUGUUUACACACGCUUGUAUCCGCCCCAGUGCUGUUUGGUAACUUUGAAGUCUGCAGAAGAGAUCGAGGCCUUUUUACCUCCAUCUGUUUUGGAGACUUAGAAUGAAUGAAGAUUAAAGCCUUCCAGAUACCGAACAGAUUUUAUAUCUUUUUUUUCUUUUGGUAUUGUUGUUUUUGCAUGUACAAAUAUAUGAAUCAGCCAAUCAGGACCUAAUCAAUCUGUUUUGCAUUCAAGAAGAUCAAAUCUCUGUAGUGCCUUGCUAGGUAUCUUAUUCACGGUGUGCUUUCUUUUUUUUUUUUAAGUUGGGAGCAGAGGGGAAGUGGGAUCAAUGUGAGGCCUUACGUUGAAGAGCAGGUUAGAAGAUCCAGUUCAGCAGUUUUAGCACUUUACAGAAGUGUUAGAUGUAGGUAGGGAUGCUGCCAUGCAAAGUGUUGCUUGAGAUGCAGACUCUAAAGCUGACAAAUCGCACUGUUAAAGCUCAGUGCUGGCACUCCAAGAAAACAGAAUAAAUACAGCUUAGAAGGAUUGCCCUUUACAGCUCCAAUGGCCUGUUUAUUUUAAAACAGGAUGAUAACAACUGAUUUUGUGGCAGCCCUCUGCUCUUCUAGUCUUAUGCCAAAAAUGAAUUAUACUUUUUUUUUUUUUCAAUGCUAUAUAUGGUAUCUCUAUCAGGGGACAUUCUAUAAGUGCCUGACAAUAGUAAGAGGAACAAAUCUGGAUGGUGAAAUUCAAUGCUUAACCAAAAGACAAGAAAAAAUAAUGAAAGGCUUAAUCCCGGCACAAGCAAUGUAAAUGAUGCAAGCACUAGCCUCUGCCUUUAUAGUUCCUGGGCUGGUAGUUUUCCAGCACUCUUUCACCUAUGGUUAUAGUUCUUUAGAUGCCUUUUUUUAAAGAUUUUUACUAACUCUAAGAUAAGAUAAGAAGCAGGUAACUGAGGAUGGUAAUUGUCAGAAYAAAUGAGCUACAGCCUGCCUGAGGGAUCCCGGGAUAGCCAUGAUACACGAAUUGAUCCUUCAUAGCUAGCACGCUGCCUCUGGUAGACCUGUCGCGUGGGCAGCUCUGCUGCAGAACCUGGGCUGAGUGUCAGCUCAUGGGCUGCCAAACUCUUCAGGUGCGUUGCUGGGGAGAACUUGGUCGAUGAGCAUACUAUACUCCUUCCAGAAAACCAGGAAUUAAAGAAGGCAGUGAGGAAGCUGCCUCAUCUGGGUAGUUGUGCUUCAUGCAUCUGCUUCUGCUGAGAAAUUGAUGCUCCUAUUAUGAGGCAUAAAUAUUUUAAAUAACUUGUAGUUUUCUGCAGUACUUGAUAUGAAGCCACGUUCCAAAUAUUGGUGAAGUUUAAAAAUAGCUUUGCGAGUAAUUGUACCUUGUAGGUAGGCUCCAGUUUUCUAAGGAAAGCAUCUGAAUGUCAGUGGCAGGAUUUUCAAGGAUAAGCAAUAUCUACAUAUAUACAAGUAAAUAGUCUUUUGUACCUGCAGAUCAGYGAAUUGCAGUUCAUUACCUCAUUGCACGUGCAACCAGUAAGUCUGAUUUUUAGUAAAAAUUAAGCCAUUGCAUUUGACACUCAAUUCYGUAAUGUCUGUUGCACAAUCUUUUUAUGGUCAUUCCAUUCUGGUCGGUCAAGUUGUAUAUAUGAGAAGAAAUCGCAUUGUAUCUUUGUUGCUAUUGCUUGUCAACUCAGGCACAGGAUUGUUUUAAAUUGCACUGUGCUAUAAAACAGCAUAUUUCU